GAUUUUAUCUAUUCUAGAAGCAUCUUUUUGAACCUAGUUGUUCUCUUUCACAAUUGAUAUAAUUAAUUUAAGAGAUCGUUACCAUUAAAAUGGAAGUUGAAGAAGGUUGGGACGCUGCAAGUAAUAAUGAAAAGGAUAACAUGACACUUGAUAAAAACGAGUUAAGUGCACCACUUUUUACGGACGAUGAUGCAUUGCGUUAUUUCAGCGUCACUGAUGUUACCAAAUUACUUCGCUCUGCGUACCUUAGUAACAUGUUUAAACGUUUGAGUGAUUAUGAGGAUCCUGAUGGCAUGUCAAAGAACGCUAUUACCGUAGACGACCCCGAGUAUGCUUACUUAUCUGACUGUAGUAAUUUGGUCUUACGAAUAGAAGCUGAAAAGUCUCGUGUAAUGGCCUUCUUGCGCGCCCACUAUGGUAUUCGAUUCCCCGAGUUGGCAAUGUUCCUUACAGACAUGGUUCUUUAUGCCAAAGUCGUUAAAGUGAUCCAGAACAACAUGGAUCUUACUGCCGUUGUCGACGUCUUAGAUGAGCUCAUUCCUUCCCAGAUGCUGGUGGUUAUUAUAGUAUGUGCUUCCACAACAGCGGGUCGUGAUCUUACUGAGGAGGAAUUGAAACGCGUUCUAGUAGCUUGUCAAGAAAUGGAGAAUCUAGAACUGGCAAAGCAAACCUUCCUUGAGUAUAUUCAGUGCUCUAUGCCGUUAAUAGCCCCUAAUCUGUGUGCUUUUUUGGGCACAGGUAUUACAUCUCAACUUUUCGCGAUCACGAGCAGCUUGGCAAAACUUUCAGUGAUGGAUGCUAGUGAGUUGGCGGUUCUUGGAAGCCGGCGUGGCACCGAUUCCGGUAUUGCGAUGCGAACAACGGGCUUUCUCAGCAAUUCAGAUCUUGUAUGUAACUUACCACCACAGCUGCGACCUAAGGCCCUGCGCCAGGUAGCUGUGAUAACGCUUAACCUUGCUCGAAUUGAUGCUAAUCGACGUGCUGGAAACAAGGACGCUGGUAUUAAGGAGCGGCGUAGUUUGUGCAAUCGCAUGAAGGUCUGGAUAGACCCUCCUGUCAUCCGGGGAGCUGGGCAUAAUACGUAUGAGCGCCGUGGUCGACAGCGUCGGCGCAGACGAUUUUAAAUGCGGUAUGGGAACUGAUGGGAUA